GUUGUCAUUCAGAGGUUUAACACGACUCUACGAUCGACAGCGACAAACUCAGUAAGUUCAAAUAUUUCAGGGAGACUUCACCACAGGAAGCGACGUUUUACUGUUUCAACGUUCAUCAUGACAUUGUUUCACUUUGGAAACUGCUUUGCAUUGGCAUACUUCCCCUACUUCAUAACCUACAAAUGCAGCGGCCUGUCGGAGUACAACGCCUUCUGGAGGUGUGUCCAGGCGGGUGCUACCUACUUGUUUGUGCAGCUGUGUAAGAUGCUGUUCUUGGCCACAUUUUUCCCGACGUGGGAAGGCGGAGCCGGUGUCUAUGACUUCGUGGGGGAGUUCAUGAAGGCCACGGUGGACCUAGCAGACCUGCUGGGCCUCCAUCUAGUCAUGUCCCGCAAUGCUGGGAAAGGGGAGUAUAAGAUCAUGGUGGCAGCCAUGGGUUGGGCUACAGCAGAGCUGGUCAUGUCCAGGUGUCUCCCCCUGUGGGUCGGAGCCAGAGGCAUCGAGUUUGACUGGAAGUACAUCCAGAUGAGCUUCGACUCUAACAUCAGCCUGGUCCAUUACAUCGCCAUGGCAGCGGUUGUGUGGAUGUUCACGCGUUACGACCUUCCGAAGAGUUUCAGGUUACCUGUGACGGUGCUGUUGGCGCUGUGUGUCUACAAGGCCUUCCUCAUGGAGUUGUUCGUCCAUGUCUUCCUGUUGGGCAGUUGGACGGUCCUGCUGGUCAAAGCCGUCCUCACCGGUGCCAUCUCCCUCUGCUCGCUCUUCCUGUUUGUCACCUUGGUUCACAGUAACUGAAUGGAGCUCAAGGCUGAGGGCGGGUCUGGGGGUGGGUCCACAUCGACGUCCAGGUUGGACCGGGGAUGUCCUGUAACAGAAGUGACCCGAGGCCUCAUCGAUCCACCAAAGACUGGACCUGGGUGGGACUUGACCUGGAGGUUCUGAUCGGGUUCUGAUCCGAUCCAGCCGUGACCUUUAAGAACUGAAUGAACCAUCAAUCAUGUUUUUGUACAAAGUCCAGGUCUGUGUGUGGACCAAUGAGCCGACAGUGGAAUGAACCUGAUCACAUGACCAUGCUGGGCUUGAAUCCGUUUAUUUAUUCACUAAAACUAGUUUCACUGUAAGAACGACUGUAGCAACAAUUUGUGUGUAAGUUCAGAGGAAACGGUCCAACCCGUGACAACAUGAAUAUUAAAGGUGUUUUCUCUG